UGAGAACAAAACAGAAUUUUUUGGCCAGCAUUAAAAACUCCUGACUGAAAAUAAACACAGCAAACCAUCACAAAUACCACAAGAUCAAGCUGUGAGUGACAGAGGAGGUCGGUCAUUGUUGAUGGUUUAGAUGUUCAUUUUGGUUUCAGUGCUUUUGUUCCGUACCAUCUCAAUUACUACAUAGAAAACACCAAAAGAUGUUCCUGUUUCAAAAAGAAUACAGUCGUAAUAUGAAUUAAGAAUCAAAACAUGGGGCUCACUUGGAUUUACAGAUUUAUAAUUAUUAACCAAUAGGUCCAGAGUGUAACAAAGUAACACUUUGUAUUUUUAUUAUUCAUGUUGACUGCAGACCAUGUGAUGAAGUGUUUUUUUGUUUGUUUGUGUGUGUGUGUGUUUACCACUGAGCUGUUUUCUUUUGGUUUGAGAAUAUUUAGCCCGUUAAAAUACUUAUAUUUACUGUUUCAUUUGUGGGUGAAGUAUUAUUUGAAGAUAACAGGAAAACAUGCAACAAAACCAUAUCUUUAUAACUCACUUCAAGAAUUUGAAUAGCUAAUUUAGACCAGGUCGGCGUAAUACGGAGCCCUUUAGGGGAGAUGGGGAGAAGUUUCUUUUGCUUUAACUCGCAAAACUUUUGCGUUACUUAGCAAUAUGCUUACUGCAAUAUUUGCUGGUCUAUUUUAUACAAUCACAAAUGUCAAUUUAAAAUUUCAAAUGUAUACACAUUUAAAGAGCCUUAAUGUUAACUAUUUGGUGCAAAACACUGAUUGAAAAUCAAUUUAUUCACUGCAUGUUUAUGUCUGUUUGUGUCAGGUUGAGAUAGAGGUGCAGACAAAAACGGCCCUUUAAACCAUUCAGACUACCAACACAAAAGAGACGCAAUCAAAACUGUCAGAUAACUUAUUACCCCGCGAUAAUAACUCAGAAAUACUCCAAAUAGUUUUAACAAUAGUUCUCAAUUAUGCCGCAUUGACUAAUCAGUACAUAAUUGCGAGAAAACUCAAAACCUUUUGCGUUACUUCGCAAAAUGUAACGCAAAAGAAAAAACAAAUCCCCAUGUCCCCUAACGGGUUCCGUAGCAUAAGGUCCAACCACAACAAUGCAACAAACACAGAAGACUCAAUUUCCCAGGGUCCUCUGCGUAAAGAGCAACAAAUAUGGCGGUUCGCUUCAAGGUACCCGAACGUGACAGGAAUUAUCAACAGAUGAGCUAAAGGAGCGAAAACCUUCGCAAAGCGGCUGACAUUUAUCAUUUAUCGUUGUCUUAUCUUUUUUUUUUUUCUUGAGUGGACGGGUUACUAAAGCAUAAAAGAGGAAAUGCCUUCUCCAAAGGCUAAAAACGCCGGUCGCAGGGAUGGCAGCCCGGUGCUCGGCAGUAACUUCGAUUUCGUGUCGCUGACCAAGCCGCUGAACCGCUCCUCCCCGCCGCACCUCCUCCAGCGACAGGGCUCCGACCCGACCACCGCUCGCCUCCGGGCCUCGGAGAGCCCCUCGCGUCGCCGAGGCUCCGGCUCCUCCACGGGCUCGGCGAGCGGCCAGGGGCCACCUGAGGAAGACGGCAUACGGCUCAACCCGUCCCUCAUCGGCAUCUCGCUCAGCUCCUUGCUCGCCAUCGACCUUUGGCUGUCCAAGCGGCUCAGCGUGUGCGCCUGCGAGGACUCGUCGUGGGGCAGCGCGCGCCCCUUGAUGAAGCUGAUCGAGGUAUCCGGACAUGGCAUCCCGUGGCUGGCAGGCGCUGCUUACUCCAUGUACAAGAGCGACAGUGCUGCAGGACAGGAAGUCAUGCUCAACCUGCUCAUGGGCCUUCUGCUGGACGUCAUCCUGGUCGGCGCGGUCAAAGCGGUGGUGCGUCGGCGUCGGCCGGCUCAUAACCAAAUGGACAUGUUUGCCACCUUCUCCGUGGACCGCUACUCCUUCCCCUCCGGCCACGCCACCCGAGCCGCCAUGUGCGGCCGCUUCCUGCUGGCCCACCUGGUGCUGGCUGCGCCGCUCAGGGUCCUGGUGCUGCUGUGGGUGGGCCUGGUGGGGCUCAGCCGGGUGCUGCUGGGCAGGCACCAUGUUACCGAUGUGCUGUUUGGGUUUUGGAUGGGGUACUGCCAGUACAAACUGGUGGAGAUACUGUGGCUCUCUCCUCAAACUCUACAGGGGCUGCUAGGGCAUUUAACUUAGAUUUAGAGACUGAGAGGAAGAGAGGGCUGUGAAAUGGGUUUGCUUUAAGGGCCUCUGUACAUUUUUUAUUUUCAUUUCUCUGCUCUAAAAUUGUUUUCAUCGGGGUAGACUCGGGAGAAGAGUUCCCCAGAGUACUGCUUUCUGCUACUUCACAGACAUUCAGUCUGGUUCUUACCUUUCAUUUGGGUUUGUAGAUAAACGUCAGCAACAUUUUGAAACAAAACCUGCGCAGGUCUGUCUUCUGUCUCUAAUAUGUUUAGAAUCAGGCAAGACUUGGGUUGAGUCUUCUGAGGGGUCCUGAAGCUGGCCUCUGUUUGGAUGAGCAGCUCAGAUCAUCAAGACGGGUCUCACCGACGCUCCAUCACCUUCAGAUCUUUGGAGUUUGGCACUCGGGUCCUCUGGGUCCAGAUAAAUGCCAGGAUCCAAAUGUCUCUGCAGAUCAUCGUCGGCGUUAAUCACAAUGUUGUUAUCGAUUAGUUCAAGGGUUUAAAGACCAAAUUGGAGGAGACUCUGUUUAGCACUUUAGCUAACUCAACUUUCAACCUUCCUGUUCGUCAGGAUACACACGGUGACUAAACACAUUUUCUAGGACCAAGUUGUGCUUAUGUCUUUAAGAAAAAUGAAAUGAUCAAGAUAGUAUUUGUUUUUUUCCAUUAGUCCAGAGGCAAGCGAACAUAAGAAGUAGUUUUGAGUUCUGAUCCAUAAGAUGCGCUAAAAAAUAAAACUAAUGCAUGUUUAGAUGUUUUUCUACUGCUGUGGAUGAGUCACUGUUGUUAAAGUAAGAUUUGUAAAGUUGUUUCAAACAUGUGGGUUGGCUGGACCAUGUGAUAGAUUACCAGGAGUUCAUCAGUAAUAAUAUUAGCCAUUAUUCUCAGUGCUCAUAGACGAUCUAUUCAUUAACGUCUAAGAUUUUAUAUUCACCCCUUCACAUUCAGAGUAAACCCAAUUAGCUUCUUAUAAUCAAUCUUGUCAUCAUGUUUACACUUUUCUGACUGAUAACCUGUUCCGUUGAAUUGCAAAGAUCUGGUUUUCCUGCUCUACCAGAUCAGAUCCGACCACUGAGGGGAAAUUUUAAGGAUUUGGGAGUCGAAUGUUGGGUGUUUACACUUGAUCCUUUUGGCCAUGUUUGCUUGUAUCUGUGGAUUUUGCUUUACCCAGCAGCAGCAAUCAUAAAGUUCUGGUUCACUAAGCCUUAUUAAUAUCAGUGGGAACAUGUAUACGUUUUUAAAUCUUCUACUUGAUGUACUCUAGCACUUAUAAUCGGUCAUCCGUCACAGCGCCUCCCUGCUUUGGGUGUCAGUUUUUUUAUUUCACUUGAUUGUUUCCUUUUUAAGUACUGUUUUUAAUAAUUUAUGACUACUGAGGGACAAAUUCUCAUCUGAAUUUCCAACAUUUAAAGAAAAUCUCUGAAGAAUAUGCAAUUAGGUAAAAGCUAAACUGUUGUUUUUAAGGACUCUUAAAUGAAACACUUGCAAGAAUAAUCAGAAAAAAUACGAGAAUUGUAAACUGUAAGGUCAAAAUUCCUGAGAGACUGUCUAAGCAUAUUGUUUGUUUAAAUAAUCAGCUAACGCCUUCUAGCUUUCCACUCUGCACGGAGAACAGUUUCAGGCUUUCUACAUUGUAAAGGACACGACGCAUCGUCAUGGCUACCUCCUCAAUACCAACAUAUUCACUGAUCAAUAAUUACAGAACAUCUUUAGCUGUAGAGAAACUAAUGCCAAAAAUCAUAGAUGUGCUGUUUUAUUAUUAUUAUAUGAAAGUUUACAUGUGUGAUGCAUGGGGUAAGGCUCAUCUUCUCCUCAAUGUCAAACAUUCAAAUCCACAGAACAAAUAGAUGCUUUAGUGAAAGAAACAACAGAAGUCAGACAAAGGCUGAGGUCUCAGAGAAGAUGGGCUACUUUCUUUUUUUCAUACGAAAACUAGCAGGAAAUGAACUAAUUCCUCAACUGCAGGUGUGUCAAGCCUGUGCUCCCGGUUCACACUGCGAAAACAAUCCUUGGAAGGUUUCGAGAACUUUAGUUUUGUGCUCUAUAUGGCCUGAAAGUUCAUAGGGGUCAGCGGGUGGUGUACAGUUUUGUAACUUUCUUUACCACGUAGAGUAAUAAAAACAUAAACAUAUCUGCCUGUCUGUGGAGCAUGCCAAAAAGAAUUAGCCUAACCAAGAACAUUUUCCAGUGCAACAUAUCUUCGCUGGAGCUGAUGUAUUGCUGUACAAUGUCAAACACAUUUUCAUGACUGUGACAAAAACCGAACUAAAUCUUAUUUCUCUUCUGCAAACUAGCAAAAGUUGCCUUUCUUGUGAAUGUGCUGCUGAUCUUUGUUUUGAAAUCCCUCAUCAUUUCUUUCUAAGAUCUCUAAAGGCAAUAACCUGCAGACUGACAUCCAAGGCGUCUAAAUACGAUGAGUCUUUCUUUAGACUUGAGCUAUUUUUUCACAGCGUGUGUUUGAGUGUGCAUGCUUAGGAGUUCAUUUUUUUAAUCAUCAUCCAUGUGAUUGCACUUAAUAUUUACAUAAAAGGGGGCAUUUCUGCAAAUCGUCAAUGAGUUGUAGUGACGCAGUCGGUGGAGAUGACGCAACAAGUAUGUGGUUUGAGGUGUGUGACGCUCUGGUUAGCCUUAGCGGCUUCUUGCUGGUUUUUUUGAGCCAGAUCCAGACGCUCCAUUCGACAAACUUUUCCAUCGGCGACUGUUUGGUUGACCCGUGUCAGACUGUGCCCUCUUUCUGCAAUAACGGACCAACGGUCUUCCCAGCACAUGGCGACUUUCCAGAUUUCAGCAUCCUUUUGCUGUUGCGAAUCACAAUAUGCUGAAUAGCACAUUUAUGACCAAAUUUGUUUUAUGGUUGUCCUACUGUGAAGAAUAUGAAUAAGAAUAUAACCGAAGAGAAGCAAAGUAAAAUAAGUUGCUACACUGUUAAUAUGUGAGUGGUGGAUAGAUUUUGCACUCAUCGGCUGUUUUCGGUUUUGCUUACUGAAAACCAGUAUACUGUAUUGAAGCUUUUAUCUUGAAGUGUUCAGAUGUAUCUUGGUGUGAUCGCAUUGUGUCGUGUCAGUACAUUUGCUUCUGCUGUUAAAUAUGUUAAAGAUUUUUAAUUAAAUGGGGAACGCAAUUGAAA